AUGAACGGCCAUUCGAUAUCUUGUACAUCCAGUACAUCCUCCUCACCUGAUGGAUUGUCGCCACUACCGAAGAAACGAAAGGCCGAUAGCAUAACCUCCCUCUCCGAUGGCCAGACCGAUUCCGAUGAAACGCCCGUAACACCUCAGAUACUCCGAGAUCAAGCCCCUCAGUACGACGUUCCUGAUCUUUUCGACGAAAAUAUCCUUGCAAAAGUCUUCCGGACAGCAUCUGCAUCACUAAACGAUCCCAAGGUCUUCACCAAACCAACAGGAGUACCUAUCGGCUAUCCAGAAAUUGUACCGCAAGACGGGCCCAGUUUCGGCCAAUACGAGUUCAGAGAUCCUGAAUUUUGGACGUGCGGAUUUUUCCCUGGCAGUCUCUAUGCACUCCUUGAGCGAUCCAUCAAGUACCCUCAUUGCGUCUCCAUCAGAUCUAGCAUUAAGAUCCAGGACGUACGAACACAGCUUCGCUCAUUAAGCAAAGCAUGGUCUAAGUCAUUACACAGCAUGGCCUUCCGAACAGAUACGCAUGAUAUCGGGUUCAUAGUCAUGCCAGCUCUGAAGCGAGAUUGGGAACUGUCCGGAAAUGAACAAAGCCUGAGGUCAAUUACACAGGCAGCGUGGAGUCUUGCAACAAGGUACGUUCCCACAGCAGGAGCAAUCAGGAGCUGGGACUGUCUGGUGAAAAAGGAGAUUACGGUCACCGACCAAAGCGAGAAUGUGCUCGUGAUCGUUGACAGUCUAUGCAAUCUUGAUUUACUAUUUUAUGCAUCCGCGCACACGGGAGACGAUUCCUUUGCGAAGUUGGCAGAAAUACAUGCCCGGACAUUGUUACGAACGCAUCUUCGAGAGGAGAAUGGCAUUGUCGUCCCGAAAGGUGGAUACCAGGGGCAACUGUACUCAACAUGUCAUGUUGCGAAUAUAGACCCUGCAAAUGGUAGCCUGAAAUGGCGGUGGACAGCGCAAGGAUACAGCAACGACUCAACCUGGUCCCGUGGCCAGGCUUGGGCAAUACUUGGGUACGCGCAGACAUACAUGUGGACGAAGGACACCAGCUUUUUAGAUGCUGCAUGCGGUACGGCGGAGUACUUCCUUCAUAGACUCGAAACAGCGCCUUUAUGCGUUGAGAUCCCACUUGACGUGUAUUCUCCGUGUCUAUCCACUGCCGGUAACAAAAAAAGGAGAAGCACAAAAGGCCGCCACGUCCCGCUUUGGGACUUCGACGCACCUGUUGACCCUUCAUCGCCCUUGCGAGAUUCCUCAGCCGGCCUCAUUGCAGCCAACGGGAUGCUGGUCUUGUUUCAAGCGCUUCUCUCCACUGGUCAAGACAAGCUUGCACGGCGCUUUCUAGACGCUGCGGUGGAGAUUGUCGGGGAUACUAUCAAUCUAUGUCUGGCGUUGGAGAAAGCUCAGCUUGUGGGGGAGGGCUCCAAUAUCAGUGUUGAGGAUAGCACCCCUGGGUAUACAGUGUCGCAAAUAGAAUUGCAAUCUCCUGUUUCUCACACACAAGUAAGUAUACGAGUGGGUGACGUCGGUCCGCCUUGUUCUCGUUAUCAGUGUCCGUCAUAG